UUCUAAGAAAAUUAAAUAAUCUAGGACCUAUCUAUAUAUCUCUUUAGUUAAUACUUAACGAUUGUAUUAUUAAUAUAAUUGUGUUAUAAACUAUGGCAAAGAAAAUAAUUAAAUCUUGUUACAUAUGGGAUGAGCUUCUAAUGGCAGAAUGUGAUCGUUUACCGGCUGUCGCUGAAAGAGCUUCCAGAGUACAUAGUUUGAUUGUUAGUUAUAAUCUUAUUAAUAAAUUGCAAGUCGUACAUUCCUCACCAGCGUUGUAUGAAGACUUAAAGCUAUUUCAUUCUGAAAAUUAUUUAGAGCAUUUGAAGACACUACAAAAAGUUGAUGACGAUUAUGUGAUUGAAAUCCAUGAUGAAGAAUUUGGUAUAGGAUAUGAUUGCCAACCCGUAUCAGAUAUGUAUAAACUCGUAUCAGUAAUAGCUGGUGGUUCACUGGCUGCUGCUAAAAGCAUUAUAUUGGGCAUUGCUGAUGUCGCUAUAAAUUGGUUUGGUGGCUGGCAUCAUGCCCAAAGGUUUUGUGCAGAAGGUUUCUGUUAUGUUAAUGAUAUAGUAAUAUGUAUAGAAAAACUAAGGCUGAAGUUUAAAAAAGUUCUAUACAUAGAUUUAGAUGUCCAUCAUGGUAAUGGUGUGCAAGAUGCUUAUAAUUUAAGCAACUCAGUUUUCACCUUGUCUAUCCACAAAUAUGAACCUGGGUUCUAUCCAGGUACAGGAAGUAUGGAUGAAGUGGGUAAUUUGACUGGAAAAGGGUACACAUGCAAUGUUCCUUUACAUGAAUCAUAUAAUGAUGAAACAAUGGAAUAUGUAUUUGGAAAAGUAUUUCACAAAAUCUAUGAUAGUUUCAAACCUGAUACCAUAGUGGUUCAAUGUGGUGCAGAUGCUUUGGCUGGCGAUCCAAUGGGGGGAGGUGGGCUGACAAUUAAAGGAUACUGUACUUGUGUCAAAAACAUCUUAGAUAAACAAAAGCCUACUGUACUCUUAGGCGGUGGUGGAUACAACUUCAGUAAUACAGCUAAGUUGUGGGCUUCCAUCACAGCUCUAGUUGUGGAUGUAGAAUUGGAACAAAAUAUUCCAGAACAUGAUUAUUGGCCUCUCUAUGGACCAGAUUAUAUAAUCAGUAUUCAGCCUUUACUUGGAAGAGAUAAGAACUGUAAAGCUGAUCUAGAUAAUUGCAUAGCAAAAAUAGAAGAUAAUUUGAAAUUUGUUAUUGAACGUAAAACCAUAAAACACAAGACUGAACAAAAUGAAAUUAGUACAUGUAAAAAUUUGAAGGAAACAUUGUGCAAAAGGCAAAAGAAAUUACAGAUUAAAGAAAAUAAUGUUUUAAUCAUUGAUGAAUCACCCAAUAAUGAUGUGUACAAUUUUAUUGAUUAAAAUUCUCAGCUCA